AUGAAAAGAUGUAUUAGAAUCCUAUCUUACAAUUUUGAAUUUAUGUAAAUUGAGCGAGACAAUAUUUUAUAUACUAAUUAAAUAUUACAUAUUGAAACUUUGCUAACUAAUAAAAUUUUAAGCUCAAAUAUUUUAAAGUGUUUCGCUGUCAAAUUAAGUUAACAAGUCUAACUUAUAAAUACAGCGUAAUAAGCUUAAUACUUUAAUUCUUGUUUAACUAAGCAGUUCCCGAUUUACCUGAAAGAAUUAUUGAAUCCAAGACACCUGCAAUCUUCUAUUAUAUUAUUAAAAAAAUGA